AGAAGAAUUCAUCUAAAGGUUGUUUUUAAGGAAGUAGACAAACCUAAAUCUGUGUCUCAACUCCAAGGAAUGUGAACAAGAUGCCUGCUGGUGAACAAGAAUGUGAAUGUAAUGAAGGGAAGUACUACUCUAAAGGAGGUAAACUGUUGAGGAAAGAGAAAAAAAUUCCUGGUUACCUUUGGGGGGACAUUAAGAUCAAUAUCAUAGGUAAAAAGGAUGAUUUACCAAUUCAUUUCUGUGACAAAUGUGAUUUGCCUAUUAAAAUCUAUGGGCGAAUAAUUCCAUGCAAGCAUGCUUUUUGCUAUGACUGUGCUAAUUUAUAUGACAAAAACAGAUGUAAAAUAUGUCCAGGCUGUAGUUAUCCUGUGCGUCGAAUUGAGAAGCAUAAACGAGGUUCUCUCUUCAUGUGUAGUGAUGUUCAGGGAUGCAAGAAAACAUAUUCGUCUCAGAAAAGCUUACAGGCUCAUAUCAUACGCCGCCAUAAGAGAGCCGGAAAACAUGAUAGCAGUACUUCACUUGAAAAAGUUCAUCCCUGUAUUGCUCCGCCACGAACUGAAAUCUCUGAAAUCCCUAAAAGACUGCAAGAUGAGGGCCAUCUAAGCUAUAUUCCACCAGAGCAGCACACCAUGAUGCCACCACCGACUGUGCCACAUAUGUCACACAAGCACUAUAAUCGGUCACAUAAGGAUAUUUGGGCUCCUCCCAAAGAAUUAUCUCCAAGUCCGCCUUUUCCCAUCCAGUGGGAAACCAUUAGUAUUUUUACAAGAAAACAAGGCAAUGUAAUAACUAAGCAUAUUCAGAAGAACUCCAAUUCUGGUGCUAAGAAGCCAUCAUCUCCUGACUAUUCUCUGGAGUAUCAAGGUCAACCAGUGGUAUCAUACCCUAAUCAUAUUAGGCCUCGAAAACAGCAUUAUGCACAACCUCCAUCUCCAUCAUCAACGGUAAACCAUCCAAUGCCAUAUCCUCCUCAGGAUGUAGGUACUCCUAAUUUGAUUUCUAGCCAAGUGCCAGCGCUAACCACCACCUACGAUCCAUCACCUGGAUUUGUUAUUGUCCAGGUGCCACUUUUCAUGAAAUCUCCCCUACCACCUAUUCCCCAGUCUCAAAAUGGGAAUCCAUCUGAAAGUGAAUUCACUUUUCACCAUUAUAACUCUAACUUUUUACCUCAGUCCACUGAAAAUCAGGAAACUUUGAACCCUCGUCUUACACAAAGAGAUGCAACGGAUCGUAGAUUAUGGCUUGGAUGGAAAGUACUGCCACCUCCACCAAUGUGGAAUCCACCUUCUUCAAACCUACAUCGUGAAUCACAUCAUUCAGACCAGAGAAGAGAGAAACCAUAUUAAGGAUGAUAAUAGUAUUUUCAACUGAAGACCUGAUGAGAAAAGAAAAACAACUUCAAGUUCUAUACUGUAUUGUGGACAAGUGGCUCAGUUCAGCACAGCUGUAGUUUAACAACUUUGUUCCUCUGGUGUGGUAAAUUGACCUAAAGGUGACCUCUGAUGAUUUCCUGGAAUAAAUAUGUAUGGUUACAUUUUCA